AUGAGCAGGAAUCGAAGAACGAUCGCUCCCAGAGGAAUCGACAGCCUCGCAGAUGCUGUGUUCCUAGUGGAAUUAUCACAGGAAGAAUGCGAUAAUUAUUGGACAUUUCAACGACAGGAACUGCACCGCAAAAAGCGUGCAGCGCGACGUCGCCCGAUGACUAAUGACGUGGUGAAAGUUUCGCGAGGAUUCCGAAAAAUACCGCUCCGUUGCAUCCGCGACUAUUGA